CUCCUUCUAAACACGCUGGUCAUAAUCGCUGUCAAGACAAAACCAAGACUUCAGACUAUGCAUCACUUAAUUCUGGCCUCUAUGGCAGGUACAGAUUUGGCAGUGGGUAUAGUUGCCCAGCCAGCAUCCAUCGCCAGAGAAAUUUCACACCAAACAGGUGGAUCGCUUUUGAUGUACUGCAACCUAAGCACAUUGACCAUGAUAACAACAACUCUUCUUUCCCUGACGUCUCUUUUUCAUUUGGCGCUAAUUUCCGUAGAGCGUUUGAUAGCAAUGAAAUAUUCCUUAAGAUACAACGACAUCGUGACAAAACGACGUUUAACUGCUGCUGUCGCAUUGUGCUGGCUUUUUGCUGCAAUUAAUUUGACUAUCAGGUUAACUGUAACGCGUAUUACAGACGUUUUUGUGAUGAUCAUUACUCCAAUGAUUUUUUACUGUCAUUUUUCAGUUUAUUUUGUUUGUCGUCGCCAUUUGAAUCAGAUCAAAUCUGAGCAAACCUCCAGGCAGGCCACAACAAAGUUUUUAGAGGAUCAAAGAGCUUGGAAAACGACUGCUAUUAUUUUAGGUGGUCUUAUUUUAUCGUUUCUGCCAGAGCUUUUGCGCAACGUAGCCAUGCAACUAUUUUCAUUUCCAUUAUUGAAUAGUAUAGAGCCAAUAGGAUUUUCUUGUGUUCUUAUAACUUCAUUUUUUAAUCCUGUUAUUUACUGCUGGAGGAGCCAGAUUAUCCGUCAAACAAUCAUGCAGCUUAUAGGAAAGAAAGUAAACAACGUAGGAUAA